CUAGUUUAGUUUUCGUAUCGCCGCGCGAGGCACAGGCCGCGCGCGUUCAGAAAAUUAAAAAAAGUUUGUUUUCAACGCCACAACGGCCGGUUUUUAAAAACAAAAGUGACAGUUGCCCCGUUUAACUAACUUUACAUCGGUUUCAAAAACAUUCGAACGUUAUAUUAGUGUUUGAACAAGGACGACUGUAGUGUUGUGUAGUAUGAUUUCGCAAUUAAAAUAAUACAAAAUGGAGGACGUUUAUACAAUUAAAGUGAGAACUAAGCCUGAUACGAGGAAUUCUUACCCUUCUGAACGAAGAUAUUCGGCGUCUACAGUAUCAGGGCUAGCUUGGGUGCAUUUGGCGUUAGCUGCAACAUCGUUUCUAUUAGCAUGUUUAGCUUUAGUCAACCCACACUCUGGAAUAAAGAGAAUAACUUUAAAUGAUACGGAUGAGCGAACUGUAAACAAAAGUGAGCUGAUAUUUAAUUUAACGGAAUCUGUUGAAACGAAUGAUAUUGAAAACAUAACCAAUGAAGAGCCUUAUGAUACAUAUGAAAGCAGCUACAUUUUAGUCUUAGCACCAACUUUAAUAACAGUUUUCGCAACGGCGGCCGGCAUUGCCUCCAUCAUGGCUUCAGUACGAUGGUACAUAGACAAUAAUAUAACCUGGUUAUUCAUAAUGUCAGUAUUAUCCACGAUUUUCGCAUUUGUAUCGUUCACAAUGAUCAUUGUCUGGUUUGUGACAACAUCGAAUACGGAUUUUUCGGAAUUUUAUAAAGAUAAAAUACCAUUUAAAGAUCAGUUGGUUGUAAGGCACAGUGAUGUGUUAAUUAAAAAUGAAACACAUCUAGUUAUUGCUUUAAAUCCGCCAAAAGCUGACGACGAAGAGGCGUAUGUAUUUACAAAACGAGUUCUAUCAAUAAAUAUCAUGAUAGCGGCUUUCUUAGAACUACUCUGGUCGAUUCUAAGCGUGAAAAUAUCCUUUAAAGGCAUGAGGACUAAUUAUAAAGAUGAUACAGAACCGAGGAGCAACUGUAUCUCAGUAGUAACUACAAUAAAAGGGAAUAACACGAAGAAAUUGCCAAGAAAUGCUAAACUUCUCCCUCCAAAGCCAGAUCUGAUCGAACACUAUCCAAGCCGAAAGAUAAAAAAGAUAUUCCUAGCGCAGAGCGAUAACGGUUUCUAUUUAAAAGAUCAGAAUACGAAAAAACAAGAAGAUACAAGUUCCGAAUUGUACAAGGAGAGAAUGAUGAACUUUUUAAAUCGCUGCGCUCCCUCGGAAGUGUCCAAUCCGGAACAGACCCCCAGUGUCCAAUCGGAAGCUCUAAAUACUAUACCGGAAGUUACUAAUGUACAAAUAAAUGAGCGGGCCACGCCGGUCAGCUGGGGAGACACGCCUGACCACACGAUUUACAACCAAAACAAUAUUAAUUUUGAAAGGAUUUUUAAUUUCGGAAAAGAGAAUACAGAAGAAACGAAUGAAAAUGAAAAUGUGCAAUAAAAGAGUGAAAAUAUAACACUGGACAUCGAAUUAAAAAUUAUGAAAGUUUCAUGUUGAUAAUAAGACUAAAACAACAACGAUUCUGAGAUUUUCUAAAGACGUAGAAAACGAAGAUUGAAGUAAAAAAUGUGCAUGAAAAGGUAAAAAAAUGUAAAAAGUACUGUUGAAAAUACAAACAGAACAAGUUUGAGAAGAUUUUCAAAGGGGAAAGCGAAGAAACAAGUGAAAAUGUGCAUAAAUAAGACGGUAAAAACGUAGAAAGUGUUGUGUUGUGGAGCGUUGGACUAUAAUUAUGUACUGCAGUCUUAUUACUCAUUAUGGCUUUGAAAUCUAGAAUUUGCUUGCGUAUUGCGGUGGCAAAAUAUUGUAUGGCUUUUUCUUGGGGUCUAUUAUGUUUUCUUAGUGCC